CUGACCGCAGAGCGAGCGCAGUCAUGGCGUCUUCCUUGAUUGCCGGCGCCCGGCUGGUGCGCGCUUUAGGCCCGGGAGGAGAGCUGGAGGGUGAGCAGCUGCCCCGGAAGCUGCGGGCCGAGCUUGAGGCCGCCCUGGGGAAGAAGCACACGGGCAGUGGUCGCCCCGGAGGACCCCGACGUCUGCUUCCCUUCCGUCUGAUCCGGGAGCUGCAUCAGCACCUGAGAGAAAGAGGUUCCACACUAUAUCUUCAUGAACUCCUAGAGGGCAGUGAGAUCUAUCUUCCAGAAUUUGUGAAGCCUCCUCGGAAUCCAGAGCUAGUUGCCCGGCUGGAGAAGAUUAAAAUACAGCUGGCCAAUGAGGAAUAUGAGCGGAUCACUCGCAAUGUCACCUGUCAGAAUUCACGGCAUGGCGGUACUCUCAGUGACCUGGGAAAGCAAGUAAGGUCAGUGAAGGCUCUGGUCAUCACCAUCUUCAACUUCAUUGUCACAGUGGUAGCUGCCUUUGUUUGCACUUACCUAGGAAGCCAGUAUAUCUUCACAGAAAUGGCCUCGCAAGUGCUGGCUGCAGUGAUUGUUGCCUCUGUGGUGGGUCUGGCCGAGCUGUAUGUUAUGGUGCGGGCCAUGGAGGGCGAACUUGGAGAGCUGUAACUGGAGCUUCAUCGUCAAAGUUGGGGAAGGUUCGGAGGACCAGGCUGCACUGCCCAUCAGUGACUCUCAGUCAAGCCCACGAGGUUCUUUGUACUUGGCUCCAGUCAGCGGUCUAGGCCAGGCUCCUAUGGGAGCCCUGUCUGCUGUAAAUUUCCAGGAGCAGUGGGAGAGUCAGAGAGGAACACGUCUUUAAAAUGGAAAGAUCUGGUCUCAGUCCCUUCUCCUGAACCCAGUGCCCAUCUGCCUUCUCCAGCUCAUGCUGGACACUGCCAGGACUGGGAUUUUCCAUCAGAAGUAAGUGGACUCCAGGUCUUCGCAGAGGUAGACUGUACUGCUUCGAACUGGCCCAAAUGCACAGAUCAGUUAGCAUCUUCAUCCGCAAGCCUGUAAUACAAAAUCAUGAACUGGAGAGGAAGUACUAGGACAGGCAUCCCCUAAGAAAAGACCAGUUGAUACAGAAUGGUGGAACGAAAAGCCAGGCAGCUAUAUUUUUUGGAAAAGGAAAUGGUAUCAGGUCCCUUUUCUAGGAGAUAGUGACCAAAUGACUAGCUCUGGUCCUUCGUCUGUUAGGUAGAGCCAAAGUUGUUUAUACUGUCUUGAUGUUUCUGUAAUGUUGAACUUCCAAGAACUUAGGUAAGUGGUAUGUUGAUGGAAUUUGUAUAAUGCACUCGAAAGGUUUCACCCUCAGUUAUUUAUCCAAUAAAUAUUUAUUGUGUCCAGUAUUA